UUGCAACGCCUUCUUCCACGAAGCGACCUCAAGGGCACAAUUUCCAUGUUGAUCUUCGGGUGUGCUUUGAUGCGUUGCUAAUCGUCCUCAACAUUGCCCUCAUCACCGUCGCCAUGCCGAUUAAAGAGGAAAGACUGAGUAUCCUCAAGGAGGAUGAGGAGGAACAGAGAUACAACGUGCAGGUCAAUGACAAGGCUGAAGAGGUAAAGGUGAUUUAUCGCAAGAAGAAUCAGAGGGGUCGAAGGGGUCGGCGUCCUCGUUCUCUUGAUAGUCGGCUGGUGUCGCAGACUGCCAACUUCUUUGGUGUGGGAGACAACUGCGAGGAAGACCAAGCGAAAUGGCGUAGGCGGCAAUCACGGUACCUUAGUAGGCGUCACUUUGGCAUCAAACGAGAAUGUGAACCUGCACCUCUAUCGGCAGAGGACCCAUUCGGGGUGCCUCUUCCCAACAUUGUAGAUCCCCUAGCGAGGCCUGGGAGGUUGAGGGACGAGUACGACAGUCCUCGUGGUCCGCUCCCAUCUCAGCUGAGUACUGGCACGGCGACCAGCAGCAUCCUCCAGAAGCAAAGAUCACAGAGGCUGAUCAGGCAACGCAGCAAGAGGCAGUCAGUGGCAAAGAUGGGAUGGGAGCUUAUAAGACAUUCAGUCAAGCAGCAACCUAAGGUCCAGCAGCGUCCCCCGCUCAUCCACAGUAGAAGUUUUGCUCCCGCUAGUAUGGUCUUUGAUUAUGAAGAUGAUGAAGAGUCAGUUGAUCCAACGCAAUUUUUUUCUCCAGGAGUGCUUUCUGAUGAACUCAAUGACGAGGUAUUCUUUGACUUCUCACCGAAGGCCCAGAGGAGAGCCCAGCCCCGUGCCCAGCCCCCAACUGCAGAGCAUCCCCCUCCACUGCCACCGGGUCGGCGGCUGGAGUCCGACGAGGCCAGCGAGUACGAGGAGAUUCGCGACAGGGUGCCAGGCAGCGAAGAUAGGUUUCGGGAGUUGCCCCAUCCACCGCCCAGACUCGGAUUUGAUGAAGUCGACCUUGCAGGAAGACCACCCUACAGGGGGGAAUACCCUGAAGAAGACGAUAUGUACGCCAUGCCUGAUCUUCCAGAUGUCUACAGGAGAGAGCCCUCAGCUGGGGAUCCCUUGGACUCCAGAACAAAUAGUGUGUUACAAGACAUGAUACCCACCGGUAUUGGGUGGCGGAAACCCAAGACGGAGGAGCGCUUCAAGAUCCCACCCAUCGUGCCUGUCCCCGAGGACCUACCAGACGGUGGCAAACCCCUGCGUCGCACCAAGAUCAGGGAACAGAUCAUGGACAUGGCAAUGGACAACGCUGACAGGAGAGAGAUCGGCAAGGGUCUGGUGGGAAGGGUGCUCAACAGGAGAUACAGGUCCAAGAGAAUGGACAGCUACGUCCAGAAACAGAUAGAGGAGAUUGAGGAUCACAGUCGACCUUACUUCACCUAUUGGGUAACUACAGUACAGAUAGCCAUCAUGAUAGUAUCUCUUGCCUUCUACGGAUUCGCUCCCAUCGGCUUUAGUUAUACACAAAAAACAGGAGUGGUCUUACAGUCUAAUUUAGUGAUGGAAACAGUAGGUUACAUGGAACCAGAUAACUUCUGGAUAGGUCCAAGGCCGGCGGACUUAAUACAUUUAGGUGCCAAGUUUUCCCCAUGCAUGCAUCGAGAUGAACAAGUAUUUGCUACCAUUGAAGCUGCAAAAACAGUCGAAAACAUGACAGGGUGCUGUAUACGAACGGAUAACGCAGGUUGUGUGCAGACGUCUUAUGAAGAAUGUUCAACAAGAUUUGCAAUGUUCUCCAAGUGGACCCCUAGUAGACCCGAUCCAAGUGAACAAAGAACAUCAGGCCCUGUAUGUGGGCAAGAUCCAAGAGAGUGUAAGAGUCCUUCAUCGAGACCGCCUUAUGAAUGGCCAGAUGACAUCACAAAGUGGCCAAUCUGCGUUGAGCCGUUUGAUUCUCACAACCAAUACCAUACAAUGUGUGAGGUGACUGGUCGUCCAUGCUGCAUCGGUAUACAUGGUGAAUGUAAGAUUGUUAGCCGUGACUACUGUGAAUUUGUCAAUGGGUUCUUCCAUGAGGAGGCCACUCUAUGCUCUCAGGUUUCUUGUGUUGAUGAUAUCUGUGGUCUGAUCAACUUCCUAGACCCUAAUUAUCCUGAUCAGAUCUACAGGUUAUGGCUCUCACUGUUUCUUCAUGCUGGUAUCUUUCAUUGUGUGUUGAGUUUCAUCAUGCAUAUGACGAUCUUGAGAGACCUUGAGAAGCUUGCUGGCUGGUUUAGGAUAGGUAUCAUCUAUAUCUUCAGUGGCAUUGGAGGCAACCUUACCAGUGCAAUAUUCAUUCCAUACAGGGCUGAGGUUGGUCCUGCGGGAGCCCAGUUUGGUCUCCUCGCGUGUCUAGUUGUCGAAGUCUUCCAGAACUGGCAGAUCCUGCGGAACCCUGGCCUGGCCCUGGUCAAGCUGUUAGCCAUCAUCAUGGUGCUCUUUGUACUAGGUCUCCUGCCGUGGAUCGACAACUUCGCCCAUCUGGGUGGUUUCAUCUGCGGCAUCUUCCUCUCCUUCAUCUUCUUACCGUACAUCUGCUUCGGGGAGUUUGACCGCAACCGCAAGCGUAUCCAGAUGGUAGUGUGUUCCGUGCUCCUGGUCGGGUUCUUCUCGCUAGGUUUCGUCCUCUUCUAUGUCCGCCCUAUCACCGAUUGGUGGUGGUGGUUUCAGUUUUUCAACUGCGUGCCCAUCACCGAAGACUUUUGUAAUGAUAUGGACGUCAGGUUUGAGGAAACCGGAGUACCAGGGAAUAUGUGAUUGUGAGACGUGAUGUGCCAUUGAUAUUGUAACCUAUAGAGGUUCUUGUCUCUGCAGAUACUGAAACAGUAAGCUGUUAACUCAUGACCAGGGGUGUCUGGGUAUGCCUCUUGGCUGGGUGGAACGGGAUGUCACUGUGAGAUGUACCAUCUGCCUUGCUGACAGUACGAUGAUCAAGAGAUGUCUUUGACUGUUCUCUUUACCUGUCAAACAUGGGUCCUUAGAUCCUGAUCUUCAUCUUUUGAUACAUUAUCAGGCUUGUUGAUAUCAUUUUUUGUUGUGGUUUCUCCAAAGCUUGUCUUGAUCCAUCCCAUCUGGACAUGAUCCUGAGAUCAGGGUGCGCCUGCAGAUCGCUGGAAAGACUGUAAACUUGUGCCAUCAGUGUCAUCACUUGCAGAAAAUGAACAUCAUCUUGCCACAGUUCUGUGUCUGGCUGUCCUUAAAACACAGGAAGCACUCUCCCAUCUGAUGGCCAAGAGACAUUUAUCUACUGUGACCAGUAUCUGCACACUAAAAAGUGGAAACACUGGACUGUUCUUGCAGAUAUUGAUAUUCUUUUUGUCAUUGUUCUUUGUGCCUGUGGAUUACAACUACUUACUAAAUCCCAGCACAUGUACUUUAUAGAUUAUGUAUGAAAUGAGUGUAACUCGUCAAGAUGUAUUCGACAAAAUGGUUGUCAUGACAACAAAAACUGGUUACGAAGAUGAAAGAUUCAGUAUUUAGUGAACCAUUCCUAUAUGAUGUUCUCAUGAGGGUACAUCGAAGGUAUAUCCUUUGAUUACCGGGUAUUAUGCAUUUUAUUUGUUAUAAGUGCCUGCUGCCCUCGUGUGUCAUGUCAGCUCUCAUCUUUAUCCUGUCAUGUCUCUAACAAUAUGUAAUCAUUGUAUCAUUUUAAGAGAACAUGUAAUUCAGAUAAGUAUCGAACAUCCAUUGUUUAUGUGUUUUAUCAAACAAACAACAUUGUUUAUGUGAUUUGUCUUACUAACGGCAAAUCAGUCCUUAGAGAACACUGACAUGUUAAAAAGUUUUUUUAUUAGCUGAAUUAUGUAUGGUACUACAUAAUAAUGCAGAAAAAGGAUAGACCCUCUAAACAAUAAUUCAGUUAUUUCAUUCAAGAAAACAGUAAUCACGUGAGAGGCAUCUGGCUCAUAGGUAAUGUAUGACUAAUUGUAUACUUUGAUGUGAUAUUGAAAGCUGGGAAAGAUUUGAUUAUUUUUUUAAAGGUAAUGAAUUAUGAUAAUUCCCUUCAUGAUAGUAAUGAAUAUAAUUUGAAAAUCGUCUUAAGUUCAUUGUAUUCUUGGAGCAAAUGUAUUUAAUCUGCAUCUGCAUUUUUUGAAAGAACAAAUUCUUGAUGUGUGUGUACUUUGAAAUCCAUUUAAAAACAGGAAAAUGUUUAUCUUAAGUGUUUUAAUGGGGGGAUACUUUUUAAUGCAAAUCAUCAAAUGUGAAAAAGCAAUUAUUUCAUGUUUUUGUCAAGCCAGAAUUUUAACUAUUUUUAACGCUAAUUCUUGAAUUCAAAUGCGCACUAAUGUGUAAGCUUGCCCUAUAAAAUGAAUGCAAUGAUCAUGAAAUGUAGAAAACGUGUAGUUUUCUUGUUUUUAUUGUUUUUAGAUGGUAAACUAUGAAAGCUUUAGAACUGUGCAGUUGUUUGAGUACAGAAAUGAUAUCCAAUAUAUCACAGACAAGCAUAGAAUGAUGUGCAUUUCCAACUAUUGCAAACUCUCUCAUUUUUUUCAACCUGUACUUCAAUAUUUUGUAUUUGUUAGAGGACAAAACACAUUGAUUUGCGCCAAGUUGUUUCUAACGAUUGUGAGAUAAUGUUUAAUUUAACAAAAGGUCCAAAAAUAUUUUAUCUCGAUUGUUGCCAUUGGACAAUUUUAUUACUUGAUCAUUGUCAUGUAUAUGUGUCAAUCAUAUUUUUAAUUUCACAAUUAUUUUUUUUCUAUGUUGUGUUGCAAUCCUAAGUUGUUAUAUUUUUCACUGCUACUUUUAGUUUUUAUCAUGUGUUCUUGAUGUAAUCUAGAUUAUCAGUUUUUAUUUUCUCAUGUUCUAUAUUCUUCCUUCAGUGUAUUUUGAAACUCACCAAUUAUUUUGAAGUCAAUGUUAGUAUUGAUUUUUUUUUAAUUAUCUCAUUCAUAGAGUUGACUCAUUAGACACUUCCCACUUUCAAUUCCAUUUUUUGUUGUUGAUCAUCUACAAUGCAAAUUGGUGAUAUAUUUUUUCAUAUGUUUUUCUAAUAAUUGUACUAAAAAUGUUGUCAUAACCAAUUUCUUUGACUGCUCUGUGUUUAAUCUUAAUUUCAUUAUUGACAGCUGCUAGAUAAAUACACCAAGUUGCUCCCAUGGAAUUCCUGUACAUUGAAGCACAACAUAAAACCUUACCCAUUCUAUAAUCCCGCUGUUAUCCUUAACCCCAAACUAAAAGCUGUUGACUUGUCUUUUGAAUGAUUAAAAUGCACACAUAAAUAUCCAAAAGAGAUGAACGAAUCAGUUAUUGAUUUACAUGUAGCCAAUCAACGAUUCUAUUUGUUUACUUUUAAUAAGAAUAACUCUUUACCUUCUGGAACUGAUUGGUAUGUACAAACUCUAUGGGAAAUACAGUGUCCAUUAGUCAAUGGGUUAAAGCCAAAACAGGUGGAUUCCAUUCCAAAAUGUUGGAUACUCCAUAGUGUACCUGUACCAAGUAUAUAGUCGAAGGGUGAAUUGCAAGAAGUUUGCAAUAAAUUGGAAGACAUUUUUAAAAUAUCAAUCAUAAGAUUUGCUAUCGAUUGUAAAUUAGCAAUUGAUUAUGAAUUGGCAAGUAAUUGAUAGUCUCCUUCAUACAACAGAAGUAAGAAUUGAUUUGCCAUCUAUUUGUCAUUUCAUAAUUGCCUUCAGUUACAAUUAACUGUUCUUCAAGACCCCCUUAUUGUGGUAUCUUGAUAUAUUAGUAUUGUCACGAUCAUCAAAUCAGUGGUAGAUGGAAUAUUGAUCUGUAUGUAUUAGUUUUUCUUUUUAUACCAAAUACUGAAAGGAGGGGAUUUUAGUUCUUUAGUAAUUCUAAUCUUUUCUCUUGAAUUUGUUCAGAUAUGUUAUAAGGCAACCUGUAUAUGUGUAACUCUUAAUCAGGAGUUGACUGGUCAUGUGAGAAAAAACUCUUGGUAUUUUCAGCUGUUUGCCAUCAAACUUGCUAUAUUGCAAGAAUAUUUGUGAAGUAUUGUGUUAGUUUUUCCGAGAGAGGACUCAAUGAUUUUUUUCUUAUCUAUUUUUUUUUUGGUGGGGGGGCGCAUUGCAUUUUUCCCCACUUUAUCCAAAAUUGCUAAUCUUUAUUUACAAGAAAUAAGGUUAAGAGAAAUUUGGGCUAAUCAGAACUGUUGAACGCCUUUUUCAGUUAUUUUCUCAACUAUUGUGCUACUAAUUAUGUUUAAAUCAAGGGUUUACAAUCUUUUUGGUGCUGUUUACAUUAUAUACCAUCGCUUGGGUCAGUGAUUAUUUUUGUUUAAAUUAAUCUCAGGUUGCAAAUUUGAGCCAGAGAAAAUGAAUUGCAUGAUUUGUAAUUAAUUAAAAAAUCAUACAAUUCUGUAGGAAGAAAUACUAUAUAGAUCAAUUUUAAUUGAUUCAUAAAAAAGUAAGAACUGUAAUAUUUUAACUGUUCAAAUAGUUUUCUAUAAGAUGAACAUGUUUAUGCAUUGUUAAGAUAUUUAUAUGGUUAUUGUCAUAUUUUAAUGUAUUAUAUAAAAAUUGAAACUGUGCAAUUACUUUUACUUUGUAAAUAAAUAUGUUUCCAGCUUUUGGAAGAAAAACUUGA